AUGAGCCCGCAGCAGCAACGCACGUACAUCAUGCUGAAGCCCGACGGGCUGCAGCGCGGGCUGCUGGGCGAAGUGCUGCGGCGGUUUGAGCAGCGAGGGUUUACGUUGGUGGCUUUGAAGCUGCUAAACCCUAGCUCGCAAACCCUCGAGCAGCACUACGCCGAGCUGCGCGACAAACCCUUUUUUAGGGUUUUGAUGAACUACAUGAGCAGCGGCCCCGUCGUCGCCAUGGUUUGGCAGGGCACCGACGUGGUCAAACAGGCCCGCAAAAUGCUCGGAGAGACCAGGCCCCUCGACAGCCAGCCCGGUAGGGUUUAG